GUAGUUCAUUUGUUAUUUCUAUUUUGUGUCCAAAUGGAUAGUUUCAUGGUAUACGCGAAUUGGCAUUGAUUACAACUCUGUUGCGAAAGCAAAUUAUUAUACAUUUAAAAUAGAAAUUUCGCUUGCAUUUUAGUUUGAAUUUCAGUAAACUAAAUUUUACAAACAUCCGUCAUCGGGAAACGGUAUUAAGGAAUUUACAGCUUUGUCAGUUUUAGCCUGGUACAGAGAGGAUUAUAGUAAGAGUUAAAACGCGGCAUGUAAAAACGGAAUUCUUGAAAAGCUUUGAAAUGUUUUAUUGUGGUGGAAUCACGCAUCAAACACUUGCAAAUAUUUUCUGUGAUUUCUGUUUAAACAGUUAGUGUUAUGUGAAUUCGGAGUUAGUAAGUCUGACAGACGACAGUUACGUAUAUGGGUCUGUGAUGGAAGACAUACGUCAAAUAAAUUACCACAUCCGAGAUUGGGCAAUUGUUUUCUCAGUUAUUGUCUGCUCUAUGGUUGCCUCACAGAAUGUUCAAUGCAACAACAAUCAAACUAUCGAGAGAAGACAAAUUUGUGACAGUAUAAUAGAUUGCGAAGACGGUAGUGACGAAAUCUAUUCAGGGACCGGAUUCAAAUGUAUUGUUGCCCGGGAGGGAAGCGAAAAGAAACGGAGUAGGAGAUGCGUUCUACCUCAAUCAAUGGUACAUGAUGACGUAAUAGACUGUGCUGACGGAUCAGACAAGUGUUCCAAUUCAAGACAUGAGGUCAUACCAUCGCUCUGUUUUCGUUGCUUGGAUGGAAGCAUGAUUAUAUCUAGAACGCAGGUCUGUGAUGGUAUCAUAGAUUGUCCCGACUUAUCAGACGAAUGCAUAUGUGUGAAGCGUAAUUCAAGGAAACGAAGAUCAGCUGCGAAGUUGUUGAGAAAUCCCAUAUGCGAUCAAAUGAGGUACUCCGAGUCUUUGAGGCACACAACUGACGAAACUGAGGCCAGUACCUGUCGCAUAGGAGAAAUCUUGUGCAACAGUCACAGAUCCAAAGAAAAACGCAAUUCGACUAAACAUGACGUCAUUGACGAUGAAUUCACAUAUUACUGUCUGAAACUUUGCCAAGUAUGUGACGGAAUAAUAGAUUGCCCACUCGGCGAUGACGAGGAAUAUUGCCCACGUAGCGAUUAUUUUUGCAAUGGACACAAUCUCAUUGGAACAUUUUGCGACGGAAAAGUAGAUUGUCCGAACUUCGAUGACGAGUGCUCACCAGAUUGUUGGUUACGUCAUGAUUUCUGUGAUGACGUUACAAAUUCCCAUGACAACGGCACGUUUCUACAAUGCAACGAAGCAACAACAAAUGAUACUGGAAAAACCGAGUUGGUAUCCGGUGAUAAAGUAUGCAAUGGCGUCAGUGAUUGCGUCACAACCGGAAAUGACGAAGCCAAAUGUUCAACUUCAACACAUUUUUAUUGUUUAGGAAAAUCUCCACAGUUCAUUAACUGGACGCACCGGUUCAAUGGCGCUCGUGAUUGCGACAGCGGAAGUGACGAAUGCGGAAGAAUGAUAAUGACGACAAGCGGAAGUUUUAUGAUGCACAGAGAUGCUUUAAUUAGAAGUCCAUUCCUGAUAGCAGCGAUGUGGGUUAUGGGAUUUCUUGCCUUGUUCGGAAACGCAGUGGUUAUCUGGCAGACACUGGCCGAACUACUCAAAGACUGGGAUGUCGGCAAGCUAGGAAAAUUAGCAAAAUGCAACAGAAUAUUCGUGGCAAAUCUUGCAGCUUCUGAUUUUCUGAUGGGAAUUUACUUGCUGAUUAUUGGAAUCCAGUCGUUUGUUAGUAAUGGCAAAUACUGCGUUACAGACCGAGCAUGGAGAUCCAGUUCUACAUGUGUCCUUCUGGGUUUUAUUAAUAAAUUGUCAAGUCAAACAUCAGUUCUCAUCCUUGUCCAGAUGACGUCUUACAGAUUAUAUGGAACUUUAAACCCGUUCAAGGUUGAAAGUUCAAAAGUCGUUCAUAGUUCAGUGAUCACAUGCAUUGCGACGUGGAUAAUCUCAAUAAUUGUGGCAACAAUACCGUUGAUUGACACGUUUAUGGACUACUUUACCGAAAGUUAUUGGCUUCCCGUGACCUUCCUACCUUUUGAUAAAGUCAGAGAAACCGGACUGAGAGAAGCGGUUAUCAGAUUAAAUACUGUUACGUAUAAUUCAACUGGAAAAUUACAAGAUUACUCAUGGACCAUAAUGCUGAAAUUUCUUAGAGAUCUCGAUAUCGUCGGCAUACACCCAGAUUGGGAAUUCAAUAGAGUAAUACCAUUUGGUUUUUACAACUGGUACGCCGUUUGCAUUCCAAACUUAUAUCCCAAGCCGGGAGACACAGCUUGGUUAUUCGCCACAUUAAUUGUCAUCUACAAUUUCUGUGCAUUUUGUUACAUCACAAUUGCGUACAUUGUGAUAUACAAAACGUCGUCCAGACCGGCUGUUAGAAAGAGUGUUCGGAAGCGAUCAAAACAGUGGAGAAGGGAUAACAAAGCUAUGCAGAAAAAAAUAUUUUUAUUGGUUGCCACCGACGUUGCUUGCUGGUUGCCAAUAUGCUUGAUGUCUAUUUUGAAAUUGGCGGGAAAGAUAUCCGUAAAUAGAGAUGCAGUUGACAUAACAGGUGCGGUACUUUUACCGAUCAACAGCGCAAUCAACCCACUGAUUUACUCAAGUGCGCUAUGGCGAAUCUUACAAGUUUUCAAAGAAAAGAUAUGUCCGCGUCCGAAGACGAGUCAAUUCAUGCAUUUCCAUAGCUUUCGCGAGAAGUCAGAUUCCUUGUCGUCGGAAGUCAAAACUAACAAUAGCGUCAAGAAAAAGAGAAAUGUUAGAUUUCUGCAACAUGAGGAUAAUACAGACCUUUCGUACGAAGAAGAGAUUCCUUCAUGCUCGGGUUCGCCGCUUGAAGAUACCGAUCGUGAAAUAGAGUUACGUAAAGAUGAAAGUACUGAAACACCACUUAUAUUAUCAGAUACAAGGACUUACGAAUCGAUGUAUAAAGUUGACAAAAAUGGUUUAUCAAUAAGUGAUAAUGAUACAAUAAAUGAUUUACGCUACGACGAAAUAGACAUUGUGAGAAGACAAUCGUCACGUAAAUUUAGCGGGAAAUUUUGGAACGAUCCAGUAACUUCGUCGAGUUUUGAUAUGGAAACCUCAUUAUAGCAUAUAUAAUUGAUUUCGUAAAACAUACAAUUUAUUUAAAAUACUGUACAGUAAUAUACAAAAAUUUUUUUUGAAUACUAUAACCUUUUUACGUAAAUUUACAAAUUUAUAGAGCAUUUUGCAUGCAAUAUACACGGUAUAAUUUGUACAAACCAUAUAUAUCAAUCUUUAAAACCUGACUGAUGUGAUGUACUGAUUAUGAGAUGCCACCACUCGUACGACAUGCCAUCCUACAGCCCGGCGCCGAAUUUUCUCAUAUAUUUGAAAUAGGCCCGCGAAAAAAUAUCGCUAAAAUAUUUAGGCCAGAUUCAGGUCCUCGGUUUUUUUGACUCAGCGUUUUCUCAUUGUAAUUAGACCAUUUUUAUUCGUCUACGUAAGUAUUUCGAUUCAUAGACGUAUAUUAGAAGGUUAUUGUGUAUUACGAAAAAAAACCCAUCUGUUACAAAAUUUCCGGAUGGGACGUUACGGUACUCCAACUCUGUUUCGAGGUAAUGAUAUUUGUUAUCAUUUUACGCCAUCUCGUUGAUUUACUACAAAACAUUACCUUAAUGCUAAGUGCCUAAGGUUACAUCAUGCCUUGAACUGUGUAUAGCAAGUUACACAACGUCGACGCAAAAAUCCUAGGGGAAAUAUUUAAAAGUCAAUGAAUGUCCGGGUGACUCCCCGGAAAUAAUUUAAUUGCUGAUGUAUAAGUUGCCAGACUUUGUAAAUUUAACGUAUGAAUAUAUAUAAUAUUAAAAGAUUACAGAGGCUUUAUUAUGCUAUA